AUGAACAUGAAAAUAGAGAAUGAAGAUAUUAAUAGAUCUAUAGAAUCAUGUAAAAUCGCGGAAGAACCUGUAGAGAUAUCAAUUGAACACAUUGUUAAUAAUAUGAACUCUGAAAUAAUUACAUCUCAAGAAAAUGAAGUGUCUACAAAUGCAACGAACAAUGAUUUUCAAACACAAUUUUCGAAAUCAUUCAUUGAUGAACAAGAUAGCAUUUCUGUAAAUGAAGAAGUUGCACAGAUAUUUCAAAAACAAUAUAAUUCUUCGGAAGACGAAUUUAAUUCUUCUUCGUUCCAUACAUGUUGUGCUUCUUGUAAAUGCGAAAGAUCAAAACAAAAUAAUUUUUAUUGUCGUAAAGUAAUCAAUAAUUAUUCUCACAAUUCCCCGUUUAUAUCUGAAUCAAAAAAUGAGGAACGAAUGAAGAAAACUGAAUGUACCAAUGCUAAAAGAAAAAAAGUUAUAUCUCACGAAAACGAAAAGUAUACAAAAUAUAGAAGUGACAAAAAUACAAAGGAAGAAAAAGACGAGUCUCAAAAAAAUAUUUCGCCUAAAAAUAAAUCAAAUCGUUUUUCAAGAAAUCGUUUGCCAAUAAAAAUUAAUAAACUAAAAUAUAAAAAUAUUAAAUAUAAAGAAAUGGCUACGCAAACGGAUAACAGCCUUUUGAUAGAUAACGAUGUUGAAGUGAUAUCAACUGAUACGAAUGGUUCCUCUGAACAACAAUUUUACUGCAAAUCUCAAUUCAAUCAUUUUCAAGGUAAAGUGAUAGUACAACAAUUAAAUUACAUAAGGAAUAAUGAAGAAUCAAGUAUUGGAUUUUUAAGAAUCGCACAUAAACAAAUUACGUCAUGCAGUACAUCAUCUUCAUCAACAGAUCUUGGUUUCGUUGAAGAUACAUCUAUAACUUCUGAUAUAAAUAGUGCAGUAAGGCACAUAAACAUAUCUAAUAAUGCAAAUACUCCAAGAUGUACUCGUCCUCCUCCUGGUUUUCCUGAAAUACCACAAAAUAGACCUUUAUUGUCUCAAAUAUAUGAUCCUAUAAAUAUUAUAUUAACAUCUUCGAUGUAUGAAAAUUCUGUCUAUAAUUCUCGUAUCAACACGGUAACAAUUGUACCACCAAUGCCACAUCUUUAUUACAAUUAUCCCGAAUUUAUGGAUUUUUCUACUUAUAACAAUUCUUCAGAAACGUUAAAUAAUUCCUAGAAAAAAAUUAUUAUGAAUAAUAUUUUUAUU